AUGAAAACAUUUUCUAGUAAAAAAGAACUAUUGCUAAAAAAGGAUGUUAUAUUUGCAGGCCGUUGGGACGGACGAAGGAAUCGGCCGGUGCCCGACGCGGUGUGGUUGGAGCAACAUCGCCGCGCUUUGCCCUUCGUGCUCAAGAGAGAAAACGAACGGGCGCCCGCGCCGAGACUCAUAAAGCUCGGCGAGGGCGUCGAGAUCCGCGAGGACCUGCUGAGGGGCGUCAAGUGGGGGGACUACAGAAAGGUGACGCGCGGGCUGGCGGCGGCGCUGUUCUCGCCGAUCGAGCUGGCCACGUGCUCGGUGACGGGGCAGCGCUGGUCGCGCGCGGGGCAGGAGGCGCGCCCCACCAAGCCGCCGCUGGACCGCCGCCGCGUGCACGCGCUCAUCUCCUACGUCAGCCGCCACUUCCCCGACGUCGAGGUGAGCCGCAUCAAGCAAGUGCUCGCCUACAAGUGCAAGGAGAACUGCGCCGCGCUCAGGAUGCGGACGGCCAGCGAGUCGAGCAACUACCUGCUGAGCGCGGCGGGGCGCGCGCCGUGCGACGACGCGCCCGCGCUCGCGCCGCCCGCCGCCCGCGCCUCCUACUCCACCUUCGAGACAUCAAAAGGGGGCGGAUCGGGCGCGGGCGGCAGCGGCGCGGGAGGCGCACGUCCCAUGCUGCUCUCCAGGCUGCUCUUCCUCCCCAGCCCCAAGCUCCCCAACCCCACGCACAUGUUGUGGACGUAG